CUUUCACUCCCUAUAAAUAUUCCAAACCCUAAUUUGUCAUCCUCGUUCUUUGCCGCCAUUCAAACUCCUCCUCUUCCCCCUUCUCUCUUUAUCCAGUUUUCUUUCAUUGUUUGAGUGUAGUGGAAGCUUAAAUCGUAACAAUGGCCGGAAAAGGAGAAGGUCCUGCAAUUGGAAUUGAUCUCGGUACCACGUACUCCUGUGUUGGAGUAUGGCAACAUGACCGUGUUGAAAUCAUUGCUAAUGAUCAGGGUAACAGAACUACCCCUUCAUACGUUGGAUUCACUGAUAGUGAACGAUUGAUUGGUGAUGCUGCUAAAAAUCAAGUUGCCAUGAACCCUAUCAACACCGUAUUUGACGCAAAGAGGUUGAUCGGUAGGAGAUUUAAUGAUGCUUCGGUCCAAGCUGAUAUUAAACUCUGGCCAUUUAAGGUUGUUGCUGGUCCUGGUGACAAGCCCAUGAUUGUUGUCAAUUACAAGGGUGAGGAGAAGCAGUUUGCUGCUGAGGAAAUCUCAUCCAUGGUUCUUACCAAGAUGAAGGAGAUAGCCGAGGCUUACCUUGGUUCUACCGUGAAAAAUGCUGUUGUUACUGUUCCUGCUUACUUCAAUGACUCUCAACGUCAAGCUACUAAGGAUGCUGGAGUCAUCUCUGGUUUGAAUGUGAUGCGUAUCAUUAAUGAGCCAACUGCUGCUGCUAUUGCUUAUGGUCUUGAUAAGAAGGCCACAAGUGUUGGUGAAAAGAAUGUUCUUAUCUUUGAUCUUGGUGGUGGUACUUUUGAUGUUUCUCUCCUUACCAUUGAGGAGGGUAUAUUUGAAGUUAAGGCUACCGCUGGAGACACCCAUCUUGGUGGUGAGGACUUUGAUAACAGAAUGGUUAACCACUUUGUCCAGGAAUUCAAGAGGAAGCACAAGAAGGAUAUUAGUGGCAACCCUAGGGCUCUUAGGAGGUUGCGGACAGCUUGUGAGAGGGCAAAGAGAACACUUUCAUCCACUGCUCAAACCACUAUUGAAAUUGAUUCUCUCUUUGAGGGCAUUGAUUUCUACUCUCCCAUUACCCGUGCUCGUUUUGAAGAGUUGAACAUGGAUUUGUUCAGGAAGUGUAUGGAGCCAGUUGAAAAAUGUUUGAGGGAUGCUAAGAUGGACAAGAGCUCUGUCCAUGAUGUCGUUCUUGUUGGUGGAUCCACUAGAAUUCCCAAGGUACAACAGUUGUUACAAGAUUUCUUCAAUGGUAAGGAGCUUUGCAAAAGUAUCAACCCUGAUGAGGCUGUUGCUUAUGGUGCUGCUGUCCAAGCCGCUAUCUUGAGUGGUGAAGGAAAUGAGAAGGUCCAAGACCUCUUGCUUCUUGAUGUCACUCCUCUCUCUCUUGGUCUUGAGACUGCUGGUGGUGUUAUGACUGUCCUUAUCCCAAGGAACACCACAAUCCCCACAAAGAAGGAGCAGGUGUUCUCAACUUACUCCGACAACCAGCCGGGUGUGUUGAUUCAAGUCUAUGAAGGAGAAAGAACCAGGACCAAGGACAAUAACCUGUUGGGUAAAUUUGAGCUUUCUGGCAUUCCCCCAGCUCCUAGGGGUGUUCCUCAGAUCAAUGUUUGCUUUGACAUUGAUGCCAACGGUAUCCUGAAUGUCUCUGCUGAAGAUAAGACCACUGGACAGAAGAACAAGAUCACCAUUACCAACGACAAGGGUAGGCUAUCGAAGGAUGAGAUUGAAAAGAUGGUGCAGGAGGCUGAGAAGUACAAGGCUGAGGAUGAGGAACACAAGAAGAAGGUUGAAGCCAAGAAUGCUUUGGAAAACUAUGCAUACAACAUGAGGAACACAAUCAAGGAUGAAAAGAUCGGAGCCAAGCUUGCUGAAGCUGACAAGAAGAAGAUCGAGGAGGUCAUUGACUCUACAAUCCAAUGGCUUGAUGGAAAUCAGCUCGCUGAGGCUGAUGAGUUUGAGGACAAAAUGAAGGAGCUUGAAAGCAUCUGUAACCCAAUCAUUGCCAAGAUGUACCAAGGUGCUGGUGGUGACAUGGGUGGUGCCAUGGAUGAUGAUGGUCCUGCAGCCGGUGGAAGCGGUGCUGGCCCCAAGAUCGAGGAAGUCGAUUAAGCUUCUCUUUUGAAUUUUACUUGUUUUAGUUUUAUAAUUUAGACAACCAAUUAUUUUGGCAAAUGGUUUGUAGUUUGUACUUACAGAGGGGUUAAUCUCCCUGUUAUUUUGGGAUUUUUGUGUUGUAGGACAACAUGAGACAUAUUGUGUCUUUUAAAAGGAAGUUACAAACAUUUGCCUU